UGGAGCACGGGUCCGUUUUGCCGAUUCUGCUCCCUCAGUCCCUCCUGUUGUCCCUCCUUCUGUGUCUGAGCAAUAACCACGCUCCAGGAAAGCCCUCUUCRGUCCAGGACUGAGCCACUGCUCCUACAAAGAGUUUGAGAGGAUGGACAGGAAAAAUAAGAUGCAAGAACAGAAGCACCUCACAGCAACGCUGCUGCUCUCCGUGUUCACCGCCGUGCUGGGCUUCUUCCAGUACGGCUACAGCCUGGGCGUCAUCAACGCCCCGCAGAAGGUGAUAGAGGCCCACUACAGCCGGGUGCUGGGGGUGGCCCCUGCCAUGGGCCACGCGCYCAACGCCUCCGGCGACCCCGGCGACGCCGGCGCCAUCCCCAGCCCRGCGGCGCCGGGAGCCUCGGAGAGCACGGCGGAGCAUGGCGCGGCAGGGCAGGACGCCGGCCCCCACCCCGUCCUCACCAUGUACUGGUCGCUCUCGGUGUCCGUGUUCGCCGUGGGCGGCAUGAUCUCCUCCUUCACCGUGGGCUGGAUCGGCGACCGCCUGGGCAGGGUUAAGGCUAUGCUGGUCGUGAACGUCCUCUCCAUCGUCGGGAACCUCCUCAUGGGGCUGGCAAAACUGGGACCCUCUCACAUCCUCAUCAUCGCCGGCAGAGCCAUCACAGGGCUGUACUGUGGACUGUCCUCCGGCCUGGUGCCCAUGUAUGUGAGCGAGGUGUCCCCCACGGUCCUCCGCGGGGCGCUGGGGACGCUGCACCAGCUCGCCAUCGUCACYGGGAUCCUCUUCAGCCAGGUUCUUGGACUAGACUUUCUGAUGGGCAAUGAUAAGAUGUGGCCCCUGCUCCUUGCUCUGUCUGGUGCAACUGCUCUCCUGCAGUUCUUCCUGCUCUUGCUCUGUCCUGAGAGCCCCAGAUACCUCUACAUCAAACUGGGAAAAGUGGAGGAAGCUAAAAAAAAUCUGAUAAGGCUUAGAGGAAACUGUGAUCUGAUGGAAGAGAUUGCUGAGAUGGAAAAGGAAAAGCAAGAAGCUGCUAGUGAGAAGAAAGUCUCCAUAAGGCAGCUUUUCAGCGCUGCGAAAUACAGGCAGGCGGUCAUCGUGGCGCUGAUGGUUCAGAUAUCCCAGCAGUUCUCAGGGAUCAACGCAAUCUUUUACUACUCUACAAACAUUUUUGAGAGAGCUGGAGUUGAUCAACCAGUUUAUGCAACCAUUGGCGUUGGAGUGGUGAACACAGUCUUCACUGUUAUCUCUCUCUUUCUUGUGGAGAAGGCAGGGAGACGCUCCCUGUUCAUGGCUGGUUUGAUGGGUAUGUUGGUAAGCGCCGUGGCCAUGACAGUUGGACUUGCUCUCCUGAGCCAGUUUGCCUGGAUGAGCUACGUUAGCAUGGUCGCAAUCUUCCUCUUYGUCAUCUUCUUCGAAGUGGGGCCUGGGCCGAUCCCCUGGUUCAUCGUGGCCGAGCUGUUCAGCCAAGGCCCUCGUCCCGCCGCCAUCACCAUCGCGGGCUUCUGCAACUGGACCUGCAACUUCAUCGUUGGAAUGUGUUUCCAAUACAUUGCAGACCUGUGUGGACCAUACGUGUUCGUGAUCUUUGCAGCUCUGCUUUUAGCCUUCUUUCUAUUUGCGUACUUUAAAGUACCAGAAACAAAAGGAAAGUCCUUCGAGGAGAUCGCAGCUGCGUUCCGCCGCAGGAAGCACUCGGCCGCCAAAGGUGCCAAGGCCAUGACGGAGCUGGAAGACCUGAGAGGCAGCGAGGAGGCCUAGAAAGCCCCACUAAUGAGAAGAGGUUAAGCAUGGACUUCCUCACACAACGGAAAGAACCUUGGGCAAAAGUAUCAUUCCACAAAAUCCUUGCAGCUGACAAAGCAGGAAGAUAAACCACUCUGCCCUCCUGACUCCUGCAGCUGUGACAUUUGGACCUGCAGGUGCUAACCUGGCAUUUGACUAAAAUAUUCYAUAUAGCUGGGCUCCAGAAAGAGUCAUGGGGAAGAGUGGAAGGAAUAUGUUACAUGCAGAUCUCCCUGCCCCACUAAAACAGCCCAGGAGGAUAAUGAUGUUUUUAGCUGGCCAUGCAUGUCAUAAACAUGGUCAUAAACCAGAGGGAAUGGAGGAAGGAGGGACUGGGCGAUUCUGAAUUCUUACAUUUUCACCUUUUUCUUCUUGGACCUGCUGCUUCCUUCUGCUGAGCAACCUGAUGCCUUAGAAACCAAGUGUAACUUCAGCUGUGUUAUCAGCACACAACACUGAUCACAUCAAGUGCUAACUACGACAGGCUGAGCAAAAGCCUCCUGAUCUCUUUCUCUGCCUUCCCUAUUUAGGCUGCUGGCUCUUUCAAGCAGUUUUUCCUCUUUGUACACUGCAUGGUUUAAUGGGUCUGCGCAGUUCCCUAACAAUUAAUAAUAACCCGAAGGGUUAAUUGGUACAGCACCAUUUACUGCAAGAUGCUCUGCUGCUCCGAAUCCCUCUUUGCACCAUUUAUGGUUUUGCAGCCUGGAGUGUACAUGGGCAAAGAGAGCUUGCAAGGAGGAGGCUGCUUUGUUUCUCUGUCUUUAUUUGUGCUCUUUUAUUUUCUUUACGAGAUACUUGCGUGUGAGAAAAUCAAACUGCCAGGAUUUUUCUCCCUUUUUGGUUGAUAUGCUGGAACAGUUGUAAAAGUCUCUAUUUGCAUGAGCUUUUACGUUUGAUUUUUUUGUUGUUGUUGUGAUACCAGGAUACUUUCUAGCAACUUUCUCAGGGCAGAACCCCAUUAUUUAUUUAAUGAUGAACAUUAGCAUUGCUCAGGCCCUGGGAGCUCAUGACUAGGUAGUCAGAAGCAGUAACAACGGUGUCACAGGGGAUCAAGCAUAACAGAAAGCAUCAGAACAGACGGGUCAAGGAGGAUGCACUUGAUCCACUGUGUGCACUGAAGUAAUGAGACUGCACCAAGGCUUUCCUGAAGCGACAGCCCAUCUACUAGAGAAAAGAUGGGUCGACAGCAGUCAUGAAUUAUGCAGGACAGGGAACAUGAGGCUGAAACUGCACAUGCAGAGCACAUAAAAACCACGACCGUGGGCUGGAGCGUAGAGGAGAGAGCAGCUCUGCGUCUCAUGGGCUCCAGGUCGAACUGCCCGAGACUGUUGGAAGUCAACAGGUUUGCCCAGAAGUGACUGGCUGAGCGGGCAGAUUCAGUAGCUCCCUG